UCAACAUCUCCAGCAUCGCCUCGACGUUUUGUGCAGAGGUUUGGUUUGGGCGCGCGGUUGUGGGAAAAAAAGGAGAGAAAUCUAGGGAUCAAAAGCAAAAUGGACGAAGCUGAAUUUCGACGCCUUCUCCUUCUUUUCCCUGUCGUCCGAUCUCGUGACUACCAUGCUGAAUCAGCGCAAUCUAGAGAGUCAACUUCUAAGUCAGCAGAAUCUGAAGCGCUAAAAGAAUGGCAGGAUGCAUGGGAUGAGGGAGAGAAAAUAGACGUGGAGAAGGAAACACCUGAUGUACAUGAUGCAUUUUGGGAGAAGCUAAAGUUGGUUGCUGAGAGAAAGGUGGGUGCCACAGAAGCAGAAAGAUUUUGCAAGGCAUUCCAACGAGUUCAUAAGAAACUGGUCUAUGAAGAACUGAGUCUGGAUGCUGCUAAGACCUUUCUGAACUCAUCAUGAAAAUGUGUAGCAUAUAGUUUCAUUGUGUGCUCUUGUAAAUUUUCAUGUUAUUUGUGAUAUUAAACCUUCUCCUUCCUGUGAACAAAGGUUUUAGUUACCCUUGUUAAACAAGGUUAAAGCUUUCUUAAUGAAUUCAUAAUGUAGCUAAAGAUGUUGAUGCUUGAUACUAUUGUUUUGGAUUAACAUGUAUUAACUUGUAAUCUUUCACAUUGUUGUU